UACGGCGUCCAGAGCCAAGUAAACAUUUCCGCUGCCGUCGCGAUGGAAUCAAACAAGGACGAAGCGGAACGGUGCAUAAAGAUUGCUCUCAAUGCACUCAGCAAAAACCAACCAGACAAAUCUAGGAGGUUUCUUGAGAAAGCACAACGCUUGUUUCCAACUGACCAAGCUAAAAAUAUAUUGGAGUCCCUCACACAGAACGGUAAACCUCCGAACGAAAAUAGUACUCCUAUGAACGGGGAUAGCUCUGGAGUGAGGAACCGCAGCCAUGGAAAUGAUUCUCAUGCGUCGGGGGAGAAUGCCACAGACGCAGCCAAACCAUACACUGCAGAUCAGCUGGAUGCUGUGAAAAAGAUCAAGAGUUGUAAAAAUUACUAUGAGAUUCUGGGAGUUGAAAAGGAUGCUGCAGAGGAGGAUCUAAAAAAGGCCUACAGAAAACUGGCUCUGAAAUUCCAUCCAGAUAAAAACCAUGCACCAGGAGCCACAGAAGCAUUUAAGGCUAUUGGUAAUGCGUAUGCUGUGCUGAGUAAUACAGAAAAACGUAAGCAGUAUGACCAAUAUGGAGAAGAGAGAGCCCAUCCAACCAGACAGAGGCAACAGCGCCAUGACUUUGAAGCAGACAUCUCACCUGAAGACCUCUUUAACAUGUUCUUUGGAGGAGGCUUUCCAUCAAGUAAUGUACAUGUUUACAGAAAUGGAAGAAUGCAUUUUGGCCAUCAGCAUAGGGGAGAGAGGAGAGAACAACCCCGGGAAGGAGGCCUGGCACUGUUUGUCCAGCUCAUGCCCAUCCUCAUACUCAUCGUCGUCUCUGCUCUCAGCCAAAUGAUGGUGUCCCAGCCUCCCUACAGCCUUAGCUACCGCCCGUCAGCUGGCCAUAUUCAUAACAGACACACGCCGCUCCUGAAAGUGCCUUAUUAUGUGGGUGAACGCUUCACAGAUGAAUACUCUGGAAACAACCUGAAGAAUGUAGAGAGAAGUGUGGAGGAAGACUACAUCUCCAACCUCAGAAACAAUUGUUGGAAGGAGAAGCAACAGAAGGAAGGCUUGCUGUAUCGUGCACGUUAUUUUGGAGACUCUGACUUAUAUCAAAGGGCUCAGAGGAUGGGCACUCCCAGCUGUUCCAGACUUUCGGAGAUCCAGGUCAUGCUACAUGGCUAGAAACCUUUGACACUGCAAUGGAUUUUUCGGUACUUGAAUUGAAUUUGAAGAAAUUAAUCAAUGAAGCUCUAUGGAAGCCCACAAACAAAUUGGAGAAUUUUGAUGCAGCUAGAGAAUCAGAAACGCCUUACACCUGGUGGGCUGCAGACACCUUCAGGGGACCCCUCUGCAGUGUUCUGUGGACUGACUUACUGUUGAACUGUGAGAUGGACUAGGAAACUGCUGAUGUUACACCUGUGUCUUCAGGCUGGCAGAAACCUAGUUGGUAUUGUGGUUGAAAUUAAAAGCAAACUUUGAAUGGAAUACAAAAGCUGCUAAACACAAGCUUUCUCUAUCCCUAUUCUUAUGUUUCAUGGAGAAACCUCAAGGCCUUCUUAUAGACAUCUGAGCCACUAAGAGGAAUGGAUUUUUUUAUAGUUCUACCACCUGUGUAAAUAUUUUACUUUUAACAAUGCAGGGCUAAAUUGAUUUAUCAAACUAAUGUCAUUCAGAAUUUAAUUUAAUGUACCCUGUGGAUUAGCUUGUAGCUUGUCAGGUUAUGGAGAUUAGAAAGUAUUGAAAAGAGAACGUAUUGCACAAAUGAAAAUAAAAUUGUAUUUAUUAAAAUUAAUUCCUGAA